AUGAACAGACAGCAUGCCCCAACCUCACAAUAGCCCCCAGCUGCUGACGAAGUCUUGUGUGGACCCCAGGUGGGGACUGGUCUGACAGCUCUCCUGAAGAUGGACCGUCACAACAUGUCCUGGAUCCGCUACCCUAGCCAUGUGUCCCCAGAUGUGGAGGAUGUCAUUGCAGCACAGAGCAUCAUUUCUAGGUGCAUGCAUGUGUAUGUAGCACUGUGUGUCCCAUUGAGCCUAGUGACGGGGCUCUUCAAUCUGAGCGUGUUCAUCCGAGACCGCACUAGGCUGAAGGUGCUGGACAGGCUCCUUGCAGGCCUCACAGUCACUAGCAUCUUGGUGACUCUACUGUCCCUCAAUGCUGCUGGCCGGCCUGACUACAUGUCCACGACAAACCUGGGCUGUGCGGCACUCUCAUUCUUCUCCAACAUCUGCUACUUUACUGCCCAGUACCUGCAGGUGGCCAUGCUUGUCCCAUCUUUUCUGCCAGUCUCCUCGGGCUACCAGCUCUUGAUGAGGCCUGUGGCAAGCCUAGCUGCCAUAGGGGGCUGUGCUGUGUGUAGCUCGCUGAUCGUGGUGUCCAUGCUGGGCACAUCUGGGGCAUUGCAUGCAACCACCAUGUGCCAGGUGGAUCCACUGGCUGCAUGGCCCGAAUACGAGAUUGUCAAGUUCAGCCUGGGCUUCGCACUUGCCUUGAGCUUCCAGAUGGUUCUCUUCCUCCUGCACGCUACACAACCAGCCUGCCGGGCGGCUCCUGAUACGACAGACUCUGACACAGACUCAGACUCUGAGCGCUGGGUGGUACUGGCCAUAGCUCUCAACAUGUUUGCCUGUAGACUCUUCUUCAAUGCGGUCCUCCUGCAUCGGGCCCAGCUGAAGCUUCGGCAGGAUGUGGGCUCCCCCAGGGAUGAGCUGCUCAUGAACCUCGCUGAGCUGGCCCUGUCUGGAGAGAGUUGCAUCAACUUGGUGGCCACUCUCCUCCUCCACACACCGUGUAGGAUCAGGUUGCUGGGCCUCCUUGGGCGCCUCACACAGAGAUGCAGACGUGGGACGGACAAUAGCAUGCCCUUGAGUAGAGUAGGGGGCGAGACAGGGCCUGCCUGCUGA